AUGAAGGGUGGAAGGCCAAUCAAAGAGGUUUAUAUGAAUGAGUUUCGUAGUUGGAUUUCUGACAAUGGUUUGGUUGAGGCUGAUGCUAUUGGUUUUAUGCAGUUAGUUGAGGAGAACUGGAAUUUGGAUCUUAAUGGUGCUCCCCCUUUUGUUUUUACUUCUAAGCUGAAGAGAUUAAAGGAGGCUAAAUUGAAGCUUGAAACUGAGAAUGAUCUUCUUGAUUAUGAUCCGGCUGAUGAGUUUCAAUUCCUAAAGGUUGUGGAUGCCAAAAAGGCUGUUGAUGAUGUGAGAACGGAGUUGGAAAUUAUGCGUAAGAUGAAGUUGAGAGUAACUUGGUUGGAGGAUGGUGACCAAAAUACUCGUUUCUUUCAUAAUAGCAUCCGCAUGAGGAGAAGUCAAAAUACCAUCUCAGAGCUUAAGGUUUCUAACGAUACUAAUUUGUUUUUGCAGGAUGAGAUAAAGGAUUUCAUUGUUAAUCAUUAUCAGGCCAAGUUCAAUGGUGGUGACGUUCAUAGUGAUCCAGUUUUCUUUAAUAUUGAACAUGAGAGCAUUUCAGUUGCUGAGAGUGCUUAUAUGGAUGCUAUUCCAUCUUUGGAGGAAGUUAGAGUGGCGGUUUUUGACUUGGGAGCUGAUUCUGCACUUGGCCCAGAUGGAUUCACAGGCUCUUUCUAUAGACAGUAUUGGGACAUUAUUUCUAGAGAUCUCUUUAAUGCCAUUGCAAACUGUUGGUCUAUGCGUAAAAUUCCCAAUGGCAUUAAUUCUAGUUUUAUUGUUCUUAUUCCAAAAAAUAACAAAUCUGAUGCUAUUAAGACUAUAGGCCAAUUGGCUUGA